AUGGAUGCAUGGGUGAAGAAGGAGGUCUCCGGUCUUGACUUGAAACGAUGCCAAGGCUGGCCUGCCUCCUACGGCAGGCCCAGUGGUGUGUUGGCCGGCGGGCAACUGCUCGUUCUGAUGAGCUUCGGCCAAAGCUCUUCGGAAUAUGCGAGCUUUGUUUACUCGCCAUCAACUUCGGUCUACGUGCCCAAGUUCGAUCAAGGGCCUGAACAGGAGACUGGGGGUGCCAGAUAA